CCUUGCAAUUCUAACAUGGUGUUUUAGCGGGGUUGUCACGCGUUUUUUUGGUGUCGAAUGACAGGUUGUGCUCGACAAUGUUUUUUCCGAUGUAACGGUUGUUGUUUUGGUGAUAACAAGCCUACCCGACAGCAGUUGUGCCUGUCAAAACAAGUCCUUCAUUUGGUCAAAUCUGUUUUAAUUAGUGUGAAAAUGUCGUUAAAAGGCUUCGAGGUUUUUCAUGUCAUUCAUUUUGAACGGGACUGAGAGGUUGCGUCAUGCCUCAACUUGUUGACAUUCUUUUGUUUACAGUGUUAGACCCGACAGCCUCUGGGUUUGAACUGAGGACACUGCUGCUGCUUUUGGGGAGUGGGGAAACAGUAGGCCUGGUCUCCAAACGCUGAUGUGGAAGAAUAUGAUGAUGGAAGCCUUGUAAACUGACCUGCAGCCUGUUACAAAAAAAAAGGAAACAGCAGAACAUUGUGAGAAUGGACGAGUCCUUUGAUCCACUAAAGUGCAACGAGGACCUGCCUUCCUCACCUGGGUGCCACAUGGAUUAUGAUGACAUGCCAGAGCUGCAGGAGGUCGAGGAGGACCAGAGGUCUCCAGGGUUAUUUCAGGUUGGAGCAGGAGUGUCUCACCAGGAGCUCAGCUGCUCCCCCAGCACCAACUGGCUCGCUGAGCUCGCCAACAUUGCCACCAGUCCUCAGAGCCCCCUGCUGAAGAACGCCCCACACAAGAGAUCAUCUCCAGUCCACAUCUUUGGCAACAGUAAUAGUUUACAUUCCUAUGCUCGUCCCCCAUUAGCCAGUAGCGCACCCAACCCAUCCAGAGGCCACCUCAGGGAGCGCAGGCGUGUCAGGGCCAGCAGUGAAUCUGAGUCUGGAGUUUUCUCAAUGUCCUCAUCGUUUUCUGAUGACGAAGACAUGGCCUGGUCUCACUCCUGGCCCUCCACAGCCUGGCAUUGCUUCCUUAAAGGAACUCGCCUGCGCUUCCAUCGUGGUCAUAAUGUCGAGUGGCAGGAAGCUGAUGAACUCAGGGAUUCUGAUGAUGACUCAGAUGAUGAAACCAUGAUGCCAUCCUCCUCCUCUCUUAAAGCAAGGAGAUACGGUUCAGAGGGGCUGAAGUUGGUGAGCCACGAAGAGACGGUAUCUUUUGGCCAGGCAGUUCUUAAACUGACCUUUGACCCUGGUUCACCUGAUGAUGGCCUUUUAACAGCUGAAUGCCGAUUGGAUCACCCAUUUUUUGUCAAAAAUAAAGGGUGGUCUUCCUUUUAUCCGAGCCUUACCGUGGUGCACCAUGGGAUCCCUUGCUACGAGAUGCAGUUGGGCGAUGUGUGCCUGCCACCAAACCACCCAGAUGCCAUUAACUGUGAUGACUCUGUCGUCUUUGACACUUUCAGAAGUUAUGACUUCACCCCACUAGAUUCCUCAGCAGUGUAUGUUCUCAGCAGCAUGGCUCGUCAGCGCAGAACCUCCCUGUCUAGCGGGGGUGCCGUCAGUCCAGACUGUGAUAAACUUGAGCGCUCCAGCUCCCCACAAUCCUCGACUGGCAAAUCAAACAGGAGCCACACCUCAGGGACAGCAAGUGGUGCCACACCUACAAAAUGCAAGCGGCCAAUGAAUGCCUUCAUGCUCUUCGCCAAGAAGUACAGAGUGGAGUACACACAGAUGUAUCCUGGGAAGGACAACAGAGCCAUUAGUGUCAUCCUGGGUGACAAGUGGAAGAAGAUGAAAAGUGAGGAGAGAAGGAUGUACACCAUGGAGGCCAAAGCGCUGGCUGAGGAGCAGAAAAGACUCAAUCCAGACUGCUGGAAACGUAAAAGAACCAACUCAGGUUCCCAGCAGACCUAGAUAAUCCCCCAGAAUCCCCAGCUGCUGGUGUUUUGGCAUGGAGAGGUGCUCGACAGAGUCUGAUGGACCGCUUGAUGCCUCUAUGCUCUCCUGUAUUCUUGAGAUUCAACUGUGAUGCCGAAUUCUCUUGCUUUUUGUAACCUUAAAACAUUAUUAGAGACAAACCAGAAUUAUGAACUAUAAACAAAAUAUGUAAUCUAGUCACUAACAGUGCAUAUAUUUUCAUAUAUCUUUAAUGUCAAAUAUGUCUUAUUCCCCUGAAAUAAGAAUGAACCUUUUCAAUUAUUUCAGGUUAUUUCAUAUUCAAGGUUGAAAAAUGAGAGCCUGUGGUGCUAUGCUUCAGUAUAAAAAGAGCAGUAAACAAGUGUAUUUAUAAUUGUAAAAAGGGGAAUUUUAGAUAACUUUUUCACAACUGUAUUGAUUAUAUUUGUAAGAUUCAAUAUAUUGCACAGAUUGGAAACCCUUUCAUACAUUUUGUAAUACAGUAUAUAUUCUUCAGCUGAACUAUGGCCAACAUACUGCCCUGCCAAGUCUUCAGAUUCAGUUUUGCCCAACCACCUGGCCAUAUGAUGAGAAGGCUUUCAGCAUGUGGUGGUGGGUUUACACUCAGUCACAAAGCACUUCAGGCCAACACUGUAAGUGCUUGUUUCUUUUGCACUUUAUAUAAAUAUGUAAUCUAAUCCUAUACAGCCAUUGUAUACUGGUAGAAACCAUUUGUAUAAUACAGCUAGUAUCUUGAUAGUUAGCCGUUUGACACAAUCAUGGCCCAGUAGCCAUGUUCUGCUUUCAGGUUGCCACUGAAUUUUAAGUGCUUUGUUCAUAAUGUACAGGUUUCACAGCCCCAACAACCUCUUGCACAAAAUAUCCUUGUAUCAUAUUAUAAAUAAUUUUUUAAACUUG